AUGGCUACACAAGACGACGCCCAUCUUGCUGAGCUUAAGAAGAAGAGAACUUUCCGUAAGUUCACCUACAGAGGAGUUGAUCUCGAUCAACUUUUGGACAUGAGCCGGUGAGUAUUUUUUCUUUGGGGAUGUAGUUUCUAUAAAAAUAAUGCCUCCCUAAUGUUCUCCUCAUUGUUUUUUCACAAAAAAUGACCUGAUAAUUUUCCAGCGAACAAUUCGCCAAGCUCCUUCCAUGCCGUAUGCGCAGACGUCUCGACCGUGGACUCAAGAGAAAACACUUGGCCCUCAUCAACAAGGUCCAAAAAGCCAAGAAGGCCGCCGGAGUUCUCGAGAAACCAGCUACCGUCAAGACCCAUCUUCGUGACAUGAUCGUCCUCCCAGAAUUGGUCGGAGCCGUCAUCGGAAUCUACAACGGAAAAGUUUUCAACCAAGUGAGUUAAUUUUACUUUUCAUUCAAAUUUUGUAUUUUCCUAAUCCUCACAUUUUCAGACCGAAAUCAAGCCAGAAAUGAUCGGUUACUACUUGGGAGAAUUCGCCAUCACCAUCAAGCCGGUUAAGCACGGUAGACCAGGUAUUGGAGCUACCCACUCUUCCCGAUUCAUCCCACUCAAGUAA